AUGGCCCGAAUCAUCAAACACAAGCUCACCACUCGAGAAGGACUCAUUGGAGACUACGACUACGCAUUUCUCUUCACCCCCAAGAUCCCCUUCAUGAAGAAACGAGAAGACGAACCCUCGACCUUUUUCCCUCUCAACUCGUCACUUCCUCUCUUCCUAGCAAUUCUGCUGGGAUUCCAGCAUUCUCUGGCCAUGGUGGCUGGAGUCGUCACACCUCCUCUGAUCAUGGGUGGUUCUGCCAACUUUGGACCUGAUCUCAGCCAGUACCUCGUCUCUGCAUGCCUCAUUGGCUCUGGAAUUCUGUCGCUCAUCCAUAUUAUUCGAUUCAAAAUUCCCAAAACUAAUAUCUACAUUGGAACCGGCCUGAUUUCCGUGGUUGGAACCUCAUUCGCUACCAUCAACGUCUUCACCAGUUCACUGCCCAUUAUGUACCGAUCAGGUAUUUGUCAGACAGCUGCUGACGGAACUCCUCUUCCCUGUCCUGAUGGCUACGGUCGUCUCAUUGCUACUGCCAUGGUCUGCGCGCUUCUGGAAGUCGUGCUUUCAUUCCUGCCUGCUAAGGUCCUCAAGAAGGUCUUCCCUCCCAUCGUCACCGGCCCUGUAGUGCUUCUCAUUGGUGUCGAGCUUGUAUCUUCCGGUUUCAAGGACUGGGCUGGAGGAUCUGGCCCCUGCUACGGACGACCUACUUCUGGAGACUUCAUGAUGUGUCCUGCCAACGGUGCUCCGAUGGCCGCUCCCUGGGGCUCAGCCCAGUUCAUCGGUCUUGGAUUCCUCGUCUUCAUCUCUAUUCUCUUCUGUGAAAAGUGGGGAGCUCCCAUCAUGAAGUCCUGCUCGGUUGUCAUUGGUCUGCUGGUCGGAUGUAUUGUGGCUGCUGCUUGUGGAUACUUUGAUGGAACCAACAUCGAUGCUGCUCCUGUCGGAACCUUCCUGUGGACCCACACCUUCAAGCUCAAGAUCUACGGACCAGCAGUACUUCCUAUGCUUGCUGUCUAUCUAGUGCUGAUGAUGGAGUCCAUUGGUGACAUUACCGCCACAUGUGACGUAUCUCGACAAGCCGUUGAGGGCCCCGAGUACGAGUCUCGAAUCAAGGGAGGCAUUCUUGGUGAUGGUAUCAUUGGUAUCCUUGCCGGAGCCUUCACUCUUACUCCCAUGUCUACGUUUGCUCAGAACAACGGUGUUAUUGCUCUCACCAAGUGUGCCAACAGACAGGCUGGAGCCUGGGCCUGUUUCUUUAUGCUCAUCAUGGGUAUUUUCGCCAAGUUUGCUGCUGCUAUUGUGGCCAUCCCCAAGCCUGUUCUGGGAGGCAUGACCACCUUUCUCUUCUCUUCUGUCUGCGUCUCUGGUAUUGCCAUUAUAACCCGAGCCGGCAAGAUCCAGCGACGAGAGCGACUGAUUCUGACAGCCUCUCUGGUCAUGGGUCUUGGUGCUACCAUGGUCCCCGAUUGGUUCACUUACGUAUUCACCUACAAGGGCGACAACCACUCUCUUCGGGGCUUCUACGAUGCUAUCGAGCUAGUUAUGACCAAUGGUUUCGCAAUUGCCGGAUUUGUUGGUAUUGCUUGCAACCUCAUCUUGGCUGAGGAGGAGAACGUUGACGAUGAACAGGAAAUGCAGGUGGUCGAGAUUGACGCUGCUGAGGAGGAGAACUCUAGCUCCGAUGAUAUGAUGGUUCCUGAGGCCAAGCGAGCCUCCGAGGACCACAAGCGAGUGGACAUGGUUUAG